CUUGGUGUCUACUAUGAUAACCAAUCAGAAAAGAAAGGCCUAUAUCCAGACGUAUUGGAGGAUUUAUUUAACAAGAAGUUGGAUUUUAAAGCACGUCUAGCCCCACUAGAAAAGAAAAAGCAACAUCUUGGGAAGAUAAUAAGUUCAGCUAAAGAAAGUGGUAAAAGGAUACCAGAAAGGGAAGCAGGAAACUCACUAUCUCCAAUCUUUCUUCGUGAAUUAGCCUGUGAAACUAUUAUGGCAGGAAAAUAUAACCUUAAUCUAAUUGCUGAAUUCGUAAUAAAGAAAGGGUUUAGGAUAAAAUAUGGGAAUACUAAUUCUUUGUAUCUCACCUGCCCAAAUAGGUAUUACAAGAAAUGUGAUGAGGCCUUCUCCAGAAAAGAACUUUCCAAAGAAGCAUACUGGACCGAAAUGGUCAAAAUUACUAUAAAUGUAAUGAAAAAGUUGUACAAUCAAAAGUACUUUGGAAUUGGGCAUAAAGAUGUAGUAAACUUUAAACUGAAAAAUCUUUUCAUGAAAGGAAUAGAUACCAUAAAGCAAGGUAAAUCCCAGCUUCUCAAAUUCAUCAGAGAGAAGAUAAUGAGAGAGGCUAUGAAUAUAAAUAAUACACGUCCAAUUCACAAAAUUGUUAAAGAUACUCUUAGAGAAGCAGGAAACAAGAAAUGGGAUUUCAAUAAAUUUAUUGUGAUGGGAACAUGGAGGCCUAAGAAAGAAAAUCUUUGCAACAAUCACUUUAUGAAAUGUAUAAGAGAGAGAAAUGAGAGGAUUCCUGAUCCUGGUAAACCGUUUAGCUAUGUCAUUAUGAAGGCUUCCCAUCUUCAUAAUGAAAAAGGCAGGUUAAUACCGUAUAGAGUUGGGGAUUAUAUGAAGUAUCUAUCAAAUAUAGCAAAAAAGUAA